AUGUCUCCCAUCCCGACAAAGCCACUCGGCGCCAACGGCCCCCUCGUCCCACGUCUGGGGCUCGGAUUGAUGGGUUUGUCUAUAGAACUCGGAGAGCCUGCGCCCGAUGAGGAACGGUUCAAGUUCCUCGACCGCGCCCUGGAGCUCGGCGAGACAUUUUGGGACACGGCCAACGUCUACGGUGACUCGGAAGAUCUCCUCGGGAAGUGGUUCAAGCGGACGGGCAAACGUGAUGAAAUCUUCCUGGCCACUAAAUUCGGUGGCAUCAUCGAGGGCAAGCUCGGCUCUCCCGACGUGAGAUUCUUCCUCCGCAGCGACCCCGAGCACGUCAAAGAAGCAUGCCAGCGUAGCUUGGAGCGUCUCGGCGUCGACUGCAUCGACCUGUUCUACCUCCACCGCGUGGACGGCAAGACGCCCAUCGAGCACACGGUGCAGGCCAUGGCAGAGCUCAAAGCCGAAGGCAAGAUCAAGCACCUCGGCCUCUCCGAAGUCUCAGCCACGACGCUCCGCCGCGCUCACGCCGUCCACCCCAUCGCGGCCGUGCAGAUGGAAUACAGCCCCGUGACGCACGAGAUCGAGACCUCGGGCUUGCUCGCCGCGUGCCGCGAGCUCGGCGUCGCCGUCGUCGCGUACUCGCCGUUCGGCAAGGGCCUCGUCACGGGCGCGUUCCGCAGCUCCAAGGACUUCGGCCCCGGCGACCGCCGCGCCAUCUACCCGCGCUUCUCGGACGAGAAUCUGCCCAAGAAUUUGGUGCUGGCGGAUACGAUAUGCGGCAUUGCGAGGGAGAAGGGGUGCACGCCGGGGCAGCUGACGCUGGCGUGGUUGUGGGCGCAGGGGGGUGAUGUUUUUCCGAUUCCUGGGACGAGCAAGAUCAAGAACCUCGAGGAAAACGUUGGGGCCGUUAAUGUGGAUAUCACCCCGGCUGAGGUUGCCAAAGUACGGAAGCUGGUUGACGAAGCCGAGAUCGCGGGGACGAGAUACCCGACAGCGCUCAUGGGGGGUUUGAUGACUGACACGCCGGAGUUGUAG